AUGGAUCUACAAGCUCUCUCACGUCUAUUGCUGGCCUCGCUACCUUUCCUGGAUGGCGUAGCAGAGCUACCGCCUUCCCAUCGUAUCGCCUCCCAGGCUGUCCUACCUACAGCACCUGCAGAUUUUCAGGAACAUGCAGCAUACCUUCGUGCAGCGGAGCGGGAAGUGCGGGAGCGAGCGCGGCCUGAGCAGGGUGGACAACGUAUCACUCAGGAGUGGCUGCAGUCUCUAAGGAGCCGUGACUGCCAAUGGCGAUUCCGUUUCACAUAUGAUGAGAUCCUUGAGAUGGUUGAUGCCUUCGAUAUACCGGAGGUGUUCACUACAUCUGGUCGCUAUCAGUUUGAAGGCAUUGAAGCUUUCUGCUUACUCUGUGCCCGUUUUCGAUCUGCUGGCGACAUGUAUGGACUUUCAAUGCAAUAUGACCGAUCUCAGUCUGCAAUAUCCGAGUGCAUCAAUGAACUCGUAGAGUUCCUGGAUGACAGAUGGGAGCAUCUCCUGGGUUGUGAUUCAGAACAUCUGCUCAAGCCCUCGGAACUAGCCCGAUAUGCAAAAGCUAUUGAAGACCGUGGUGCCCCUACUCAAUCUGUUUUCGGCUUCAUUGACUGUACGAUCCGACGCAUAUGCCGCCCAACCUGGUUCCAGCGACAGGCUUAUAACGGCCACAAGAAGUAUCAUGCCCUCAAGUUUCAGGCAGUUAUGCUUCCGAACGGGAUUAUUGGCCACUUGUAUGGGCCAGUCGAAGGGCGGAGGAAUGAUGCAUUUAUGCUGACUGAAAGCCAACUCCUCGAUCGGCUGGGUACAUUUGCAUUCCGAGAAGGUGUGCAGGAGGAUGCGCCAUUGGAGGAACGUGUCUUCCAGAUCUUUGGGGAUCCCGCGUAUGGCAUUGGGUACCAUAUUAUGAGCCCCUUUGCUGGUUUUGGUGAAAGGACAGUUGAAGAAAAGGAGUGGAAUGGUCGGAUGGCAGCUGUCCGGAUUGAAGUCGAGCAUGGUUUUGGGAUUGUUGCAAACUUAUGGCCAUUUCUCAAUGCAGGUUGGAAGAUGCAGCUUUAUAAUUCUCCAGUGGCACGUUACUACAGGGUGGGUGUCCUUCUUACCAAUGGACUUAACUGUCUUCGACCAAACCAAGUAUCACAAUACUUUGAUUGUAUGCCACCAGAACUUAAUGAUUACUUCCAUGACUAG